AAAGAUUCCAGCACGCUAAUUUAACCACCUGCUUCUUCUUCUCUGCCCCCCUCCCUGUCUCCCUGCUUCCAGGAUAAUUAAAAGAGAAACCUGUAAAAGCAACAUUCCCGUGAGCGAGUUGGUGCUGCAACGUGCUGGUCUACGCUGCUGUAGGAAGGAGUGAACAAGUCAGUCAUUGAGGUAAGAACACUGUCUUCUUCAGACCAGAGGAGCACCGUGUAGUCUCCACCCAGAAGAGAGACUGCCACAGGUUUAUCUGGAAGUCCACCAAGGUUAUUCCAUACAAGCUGAGAGUGUUCUCAACUUCCAAGUAACGGCACAGCCAACAAGAUGAACGGAGCUUUGGAUCAUUCAGACCAACCAGACCCAGAUGCCAUUAAGAUGUUUGUCGGACAGAUCCCUAGAUCCUGGUCAGAAAAGGAGCUGAAAGAACUUUUUGAGCCUUAUGGAGCUGUCUACCAGAUCAACGUCCUCCGGGACCGGAGUCAGAACCCUCCCCAGAGUAAAGGUUGUUGUUUCGUAACAUUUUAUACAAGAAAAGCUGCACUUGAGGCCCAGAAUGCACUGCACAAUAUUAAAACUUUACCUGGGAUGCAUCAUCCCAUUCAGAUGAAACCUGCAGAUAGUGAAAAGUCAAACGCUGUGGAAGACCGAAAAUUAUUCAUAGGAAUGGUUUCGAAGAAAUGUAAUGAGAAUGAUAUCAGAGUGAUGUUUUCUCCAUUUGGCCAGAUAGAAGAAUGCCGGAUUCUCCGGGGACCCGACGGGCUGAGUCGAGGCUGUGCGUUUGUCACAUUUUCUACAAGGGCAAUGGCACAGAAUGCAAUCAAAGCCAUGCAUCAGUCUCAGACCAUGGAGGGUUGCUCUUCACCUAUCGUGGUGAAGUUUGCUGACACUCAGAAGGACAAAGAACAAAGACGCCUCCAGCAGCAGCUUGCGCAGCAGAUGCAACAGCUCAACACUGCCACUUGGGGGAACCUGACAGGGCUGGGUGGACUUACCCCACAGUACCUGGCGCUUUUGCAGCAGGCCACCUCCUCCAGCAACCUGGGUGCAUUCAGUGGCAUUCAGCAAAUGGCUGGCAUGAAUGCUUUACAAUUACAGAAUCUGGCAACACUGGCUGCUGCUGCAGCUGCCGCCCAAACCUCAGCCACAAGCACCAAUGCAAACCCUCUCUCUACCACAAGCAGUGCCCUGGGAGCCCUCACAAGUCCCGUGGCUGCUUCAACCCCCAAUUCUACUGCUGGUGCAGCCAUGAAUUCCUUGACCUCUCUUGGGACUCUGCAAGGAUUGGCUGGAGCCACUGUCGGAUUGAAUAAUAUUAAUGCACUAGCAGUUGCUCAAAUGCUCUCAGGUAUGGCGGCUCUGAAUGGAGGACUUGGCGCCACAGGCUUGACGAAUGGCACGGCUGGCACCAUGGACGCCCUCACCCAGGCCUACUCAGGAAUUCAGCAGUAUGCGGCAGCUGCACUGCCCACUUUGUACAGCCAGAGUUUGCUGCAACAGCAGAGUGCUGCAGGCAGCCAGAAGGAAGGUCCAGAGGGGGCAAACCUCUUUAUUUACCACCUUCCACAGGAGUUUGGAGACCAGGACAUUCUGCAGAUGUUCAUGCCCUUUGGAAAUGUUAUCUCUGCUAAAGUCUUCAUUGACAAACAGACCAAUCUGAGCAAGUGCUUUGGUUUUGUUAGCUAUGACAAUCCAGUCUCUGCCCAAGCUGCAAUCCAGGCUAUGAACGGCUUUCAGAUCGGCAUGAAACGUUUGAAGGUGCAGCUGAAGCGCUCCAAAAACGACAGCAAACCUUACUGAUCCUAACCCCAGAAGCUCCCUGCUCUUAUUUUAGCUUUCUUAGGGUAAGUCCCACAAGCCAGCCUGUUCUCAACAGGGAAGGCAGAGGAGGGACCACAAUGCCAACUUUUACCAAGAGAGACGGUUAUUUUUACAAUAAGGCCUCCAUUUCUUCCACUCAUGCCCCACCCAAUUUGCCAUAAUUAAAACUUGGGCUACCUUGUUUUCUGUUGAGUAAAUCCCUCCUCUAAUUGUGCCACUGUACUCUCCUUUGUUUUGCAAUUUGAAUAUCCUUACUCCUUUUUAAAAUUUUUUGUUUUGCUUUUUAAAAGAAAAACAUAUAAACAAAUAAAUGACAUCUUGAGAUUUUAAAAGGCAAGCAAACACUAAUGUGCAAUUCUAACUCUGAAACCACUGGUGCCCCAAGAGCACUGCCUGGAGAACUCACCUGUCCUUGCCCACCCGCCCGCCCGCCCGCCCCUCAGAGGGCCCACGUUUAUAGUUAACGUGCUGGCCUAGCAGAGGGAGAAGCCAGGAGAAGCUUAAAACACCACAGAACAUCCUCCCACUACAUUGGUUUGUUUUAAUAUAAGUAGGAUUUUAUUUUAGGGUUCAAAGAAACAUGACAUUUAUUGGUCAGAUUAUUACACUGGUUGUCUAUUUUGUUAUUGUUUUAUUUUUGUUUUUAGAAAGGAUUAAUGUAAAAAAAGAUUUAGAGAUCUGUUUCUUAAAGCUACAGGGUUUAAAAAUAAAAUAAAAUGAGUGAAAAUACUUGAUGUUUCUUGAAAGAUAAAUUUAAUAAUAAAUAAAUACAUAAAUAAUACAUAAAUAAAAAAGAAAGCCACAGGCCUGUAAAUUUUAUUUGUAAAAAAGCAUUUCUAUUUUUAUACAAAAUUUUUACUGCCUCAGAAAUAAUGGAAGUUAUUUAUUGCCUAUUGUUAACUUAUUGGGUACCUAAAGAGCAGUUCUCUGUCUAGCUAGAACCUUCUGAAGUAGUCUCUAGAGGAAUUGUUCUAGGAAUGGGCUUUUUUUCACUGUUGAACCCUAGACCUAAAGUUCAUGCUUUAUCCUCUUGUUGUUUGUAUCUGUCUGAUUAUUUUGUUCGUAAUUUCCAUUAUCUAGUUUACAGUUCAGUUGUCUUGACUUCCCCAUAUGUCACCUUUGUUCAAGCUGGACCCUCUCCUCUGUCCCUUGCUAGUCCCUCACCCCAAACACCCAGAAUCCAUCCCCUCUUGCUCGCUCGCUCGCUCACUCUCUCCAGAUGGAUUCUCUUGGGGUUUCAUUGUGCUGUGGAAAAAGAGUGUAAGAAAUGCAAAUUAUGUGAAUGGCUCAUAGACUCCCUGAAGACCUAAGAUUUGCAUUAGUUUUCCUCCUGCACCCUUGAAAGGGAUUUUGUUGCUGCUGCGUAGAUUCUGUGUAACUUUUUACUCUUCCUUGUUUUUUCCCUAGACAUCUUCAUGCCCGUUAGUUCAUCGUUUGCCUAGCAUGUCCCUGUGGCGUCUCAAAAAAAGUUUCAUCGUCCCGUCAUUGUUUCUGAUGUCUUUCUGACCUCACAUCAUAUUUGGUUCUCCUACUGACCUUUGAUCUAGUUUGACCUUUGAAAUUUGCAUGUGACCUCAUCUAGCUAUGAAUUCUGGGAAGUCAAUGUGAAAAACAUUGCUGCAUUCAUGCAAGACUGAAAUUAUUAGACAAAUUAUAGAAAAAAAAAACCUGUGGCAAAAAUGUUUCUUUCUUAUUUUUUUUCCUUUUCAUAACACAGACUUGAAAGUAUUACACAGGGAUUGGCAUUCUUCCCGGUCACUGGUGACAAUAGCAAUAUGUGUCCAGGGACACAGAAUGUUGGUUUCUAACAGACUACUUCCAAAAACAGUUUGAGAAAAAAAAAACUGUCUGAUUUUAAGUCUCUAGAGGUCUGUAAUAGUUUUUACAUUUUUCAGGCAGUGUAAAGUUUUUUGAUAAGGCCAUUUUAGGUGGCUCACUUUCUCAUUAAGAUAUAUAUAUAGAACCACUUUUUGUAGAUUAGUAUAAGGAAAAUAUUUACCCUGUUUUGGGGCAAAUGCUACCUAUUUGUGUCACCUUUUGCUGAACUGACUCACAGUUAGACAAUCCAUGGUUUAAUGCACAUGAAAUUACCUAUAUUUUAUACUGUUUCAAUGUACAGGAGAAAGGUUACUGUAAACUGUGUCAUGUUGGUGCUUCUGUGGAUUCAGUUGUGGUCUCAUCAUGAGUCUUAAGGUCUUAAUGUUAUUUGUUGAUAAGACAAGCUUAGAAUUGGUUUACUUAAAACAAAAAAAAAGAAUUUCAAAAAAAAAAGUUGUUUGCUUAAAAAAAUAAUUUCAUGUGAGAGAAAAAAAAACUAUUCCAGAAUAAGUUUUGUGUUGGCUUGAGAAGCAUUGAUGUCACUUUUUUUUAUUGUGAACUAUUAGAUGUGUUUGUGUUCAGCAAAAUGUGAUCUGUUUUUGUUUUUUCUUUUAAAGAAAAAAAGUGAAAACUAUAUAGUGCCAAAUUCCAAAGGUACUUCCUUCUAGAGCUUCGGUGUGUUUCUUGUGAGAAGUAAUUUGAUAACAUGGGUAUUUUAUUAUGUGUUUUGUAUAAAUCCCUAAUAUUUAAAAAAAAAGGUUACAAAGUUUGUUAACUUGCUAUCCUGUGGUCUUGUUGCCUGAAAUUGUUAUUGUUUGUUAUUUCUCUAUGCUGUUUUUUGUAAGACAUUGUAUAAGUGCCCAUGUCUCACUUUUUUAACCACUCUACACAUCAAUGCUGUGAAGGCAACCCUUACAAUGUACUUUCUUCAUAAUAUCUGGAAACCUCUAAGGUGAGAAAGUCUUGAACUUUUAACCCUUUCUACCCAGAGCUAUCUGGAAUGUUGGUAACUUUUUAUACUGUCAUCCUUGGGUUGUUUUGGGGUGUUUCUGAUUUGGAUUUUUCCCAUCUAUAUCUUCUAAGUUUUGUUCUUUGAGAUCCACCCACCUAAAAACUCUUGUCUUUUUCCUACACCAUUUUUUAUUUUCUUUUUUAUUCCCCCUCAUUCCUAUUAUCCUAUGCUCCUUUAGUUUGAGCUUAAAAGCUUGAGUUAAACCCUGUGAAGGUAAAAACAGGUAGACUUAGCCCCGAAAUAAACCCUAAAGACACUGUUUGCUUUUUGAGAUCAGGUUUCAUGGUUAUGUCGUAGUAGUGCACAAUAUUUUCAUACACCCUGCAGUUAAAUGGCUUUUGUAUGGUCUAGUCUUUCAAGGAAUUUUGCUUUUGUUUCUUAAACACUCCUAAGUAAUGUUGAAUCAGCCAUUGUGCUAUGGAUUCUUGAACUCCAGUGGACACCUGAAUAUCCAAGGUGUCUAUGGAAAAAGCCCACGGACCUUUCCUUGUCUCUCUGGUUUUCUAGGGUGUUUUGACUUUUGAUUGAACACAUUUAAAGGGGCCGGCCAUGUAAGAGGAGCUUGGCUCUGUUCUUUACCACAGUUACUAACCAAAUACCCAGGAUCAGUUCCUGCUGCCACUUUGUAAAGUGCCACAUUCUUCUGAGUCUGGCUCUGUAUGAACAGACCCUAAUGUCACACCUACAGUCCCAGCACACACCCAACCUUGGGGAAAGCACACCCUGCAAGUUUCUGGUCUCAGCCCCCUUUUCCUUCUCACCCACCCCAUUGGUUUAGUGUGUGUGUGUGUGUGUGUGUGAAUGUGAUAGCCCUGAGAUGGAAAGGAUUAGCCUCUCACAAUGCAAAAACCAAGUUUCCUCCUUACAGCACGUGCACUUCCAAUGACAUGAUUCGUGUUACCCCACACCUGUUUACUACUGCCGGGGCCUUCCUUCAUCCUUGAGGGCUAUUUUGUACUUUCUGCAGCACUCACCUUAAUAACAAAGUGGUCACACACAUUUCUCAGUCUCUACUAUAUGGUGGUGUGUAGAUACACGUGUAGAAACACAAGAGAAUACCAGUUGUAUUUCAUAGACCAUCUCAUUCAGAAUCUGUUCAUUUAUCAAUGGCAUAAAUCUAAAAAGAAAAUCAGAUUUUUUUCCCAUGGAUGCAAACUGCCCUCCUUCCUCUUAGCCCACCUGCAGCCCCCCAAAAAGGCUUGGGCCAGGCAGGCACUUUCUGUUGAGUGUUUCUAAUUUUGCAGGCAACCAAGACAGUACAUUGAGGGGGAGGUUUUUGGUUUUGCAUGUUUCAUUGUUAGAAAGAUAACCUUCCUCAGAGACAAACUGUCCUUUAUCUUUCAAUGUCAAAGGGAAAAAGCUGCAAGGGUGUACAGGGCCUGUUUCUGGAAGACAAAACACAGGGAAACUGUGUUUUUAAAGUCAAGUCUAGAGCAUAGUCUUUUAAAACUCACUCAGAGAACUCUGAUCAAAUGGCACCUCCAAGGUGUAACAAGUUCAUCUUUCUUUCACCGCAGGGGUUCUGGUUCUUUGGCUUGUGCUACUCUGGAAUCAUUUACUGUUUCUGUUUUUAUUAUCUUAAGUGCUAAUUAAAAAGAAAUAAAAUUUUAAAAAAAUGUAGUUUCAUUACCUUUUGAAUAAUGUCAUACAAAAAUGUAUUUGUGUUUUUUGUGCUGUGGGAAUUGUUGUUUGUAGAUUAAUAAUACCAUUUUGUUUAGAAUUACAAAAUAGUUUUUAAAUAUUGUCUGAGAAAAGCCAAAGUUAAUGCAACCUAGUGGAAACUGUAAGAUCAUUGAAUAUUGUUUCUGUUUUAUUGAUGCAUUUGGAUUUUGUUGUUUGAUGGAAUUUGAGCCAAAAAAACAAAAAAACAAAAAACGCAGGCUUUCCUAUUUCUACAACUGAUUGUACUUAAUGCAUUUUGUACCAGUGGGAUUUUUUAUACUGGAGAUUAAAAAAUGGAAACUUUUGUGGCUUACUCUUGUGGGCCCCUGACAAUGACUGAUUUCAAGUUUGAUUUCUGGUUGAUAGAAAGAAAGUUGUUUUUCUUUUGAGAAUUAAAAACUUUGGCUUGAUUUCUUUUUUCCCUUUGCUUAUAUCUAGCAUUAGAAUUUUGUCUUAAAAUACAGCGGUAAGUUUCACUUUUUAUUCUGUAUUGUGCAGUUACACAAUAAGAUAAUUAGACUUAGAAGUACUCAGUCACUUUAAGUGGAUAAAUGUAUUAGUUAAACUUUAGGAGUUUGCUUUUUUGCUGUUUAGAUCGAGGUUUUUUCUGACCCUUCUGUCCUCAUUGUGAACAUAACCGUGUAGUUGAAACAGUCAGACUUAUUUUUGUAAUGUAUGUUAUUGUGUGAUGCGGUUUUUUGCUUCUGUCUCCAAUAUUAAACCAUUUUCCUAAUACUCGUUUCUCUCUGCGUGUUGUAUUGUUGGUGGUCAUUCUGUGUUGGUGACGCAUCUACACACCUCACUGUUGCACGUAUCUGUUUUUUUUCUAUAUGUUGUGUAAAAAGAUACAGUCGAUUCCACCUAAGUGAAUAUCUGAUUUGGGAAAUGAGGAAACAGCACAUCCUCUGGUUUAUGUAUAGCCUACCCCAACCACUGCUUCCAAGAUGAUAUGCUUUUUCCCUUGAUUCAUCUAAAAACUGCCUACAGGGCUAGGCUUGGCAAGGCAUUUUAUGGUCUAUUGACCACACAUGUUCCUUUCCUCUCUUCUCCCUCAUAGCCACAGUUCUUAGGAUAUGAAGUCUCUACUGCAACCUUAAGAGGAACAGAAGUAGUAGAUCCAGGGUCUCUUCUGUAUACUCUUAAGUCCAAAGUCACAUAACCACAGUCAAGCUUAGAACGGGAUCAUCUUGAAAAAAGAGGUGAACCCUGAGGGAAGGACAGAAUAAAACUAGCUGGUCAACAGGGGGUAUAAAAAAGUUAAACUUAGGUGUGUGCUACAUCAAUUGAUAGGUAUGUAUAGAAAUGCAUUUCUAUAAGCUAAUCGGUUUAAUCCAGGACUAGCUUCAGUUAUUAAAACUGACAGAAAUGAGAAAAAUGCCAGAUACUCCAAUGGAAGCUGGACUGAAUGAGGGAGGCGGGAGACUUCUGCUCAAGUCCUCACUCUCCAUUUCCAGAUGUCAGCUCAUGAUGCCAUAGGUCCCAUGCUCCCUCCUGGAUGGACACAGGAUAGGAGUGAGCUGUACUCCUACUGUCACCCGACCCCUGAUCAGAGAACUUCCCCCAUGGCCUCUGCAGUGAAAGCCACAGGCCCGCCUUGCUCUACUGUCUGCCAGCUCAGGAGUCUGGCUGCCCUCAAGGUGUUCUUUACAGAUCCCAUGACUGUUUGCUCUGCUCCCUUCUCUUCUCCCUGCUUCUAACCUCUCAGUGCACAUGCUCUGCCUGCAUCAGGCCACCCCGAGCCUGGUACCCUGCAGCUCUGGCUGCCCAACCCCUGGUUUCAGCUGGCCCCUCAGGCCCGUUCUUCAGUCAGUCAACAACCUCAGGCCUAGCAGGCAGAAGAAAGGAGGCUCUUUCCUUAGUCUGAACCACUGGGGGUGAGUUUCAGAUUCCUAAGACUACACUGAUGGAAGCCGAUCCUAGCGAUGCUUGCCGUCUAGCUCACUGCCUUGUCAGUACGCCUCUGAAAGGCCACUGCUUCCAUCAGUGCGGAAAGACGGCUAAAGGUGGGAUUUAUUUUUCUGUCUCUUCUGGAAGAAUGGGUGGCAUAAGGGAGGGAAGACUGGGGAAGAGGAUGAUCAAAUUGUUUCCAAGAUGUGUUUCUUUGUGAAAUACAAACACUACCACCAUUCGCCACAAGGCAUAAUGUUCAUGCACAGAAAGACAAAGCAUGUCUCUACAGAAGACUCAGAGGCUCCUUCCAGUAAGCACCUGUGACUAUAAAGUCGGCCGCUGCUUAGAUUCACACUCAGUGUUGAUUCUGUAGAACUCCACUACGGUGUGAGAAGGUCUGUCUGCUGCCCAUGCACAGACCAUCUUGGGAAACCACAGAACCAUAUAUAUUUCCUGGCUGGUGGACACCACGUGCCCUCCAGGCCACAGCAGCAGAGUGUGAUCCGCAGGCUCUUAGCUAGCAAGCUAGGCAAUGCAAUGAAACAUAAGCGGACCAUGAAUCGUUCCUGAUAAGUGAAUAAAACAUUGUGGCCGGACAAUCAGCUUAUUCACUUAUCAGGAAUCGACUGUUCUACUAAUUCACUGUUUUUGUUUUUCAUUUCUGUUGUAGUUCACUAUUUUUGCUGUGUUCUGUUUUUUUCCUCUCAUGCUUGGGCAAAAUCACUGGGAAUAUUACUUUCAUGUGACCAUGAACCAUUUCUAUUGAGUGAAAAUGGUAUCUUAAAAUCUAUGCACUUGCUAUCAGGAACACAAUACUGGAUGUGUCUUAUAUAUAUUGAACUAUAUAGUACUCGAUUUCUUAAAUAAAGCUUAAGAAAGCA